UCCUCUUCCUGUUGUAUAUAAGCAGCAAGUGGAGAAGCUCGCUGAGGACGAACAGACGAACACUGAGACAAAGGCGCCAUGGCCUCACCCACUUCUCAACAGUCCCUCCUGAAAUGCUGCAUUUGUCUGGACCACUUCACUGACCCCGUCUCCACUCCGUGUGGACACAACUUUUGCAAAGUCUGCAUAAACAAUUACUGGGACACAACAAACACUAUCCAGUGUCCACUUUGUAAGCAAAACUUCAACAAAAGGCCGCAGCUGAGUGUGAACGUGUUGCUCAGAGAUCUGAUUGAGCAAAAACAGACAAACAUCUGCACAGAGGAGAAGAACCAAACGGCAGAUGUUCUGUGCGAUGCGUGUUCUGGAGAGGAGAAGGAAGUGACGGCGGUGAAGUCCUGUCUGCACUGUGAGAAGUCUUUCUGCUGUGAGCACGUGAAGCCUCACCAGGAUGACGAGGAGCUGAAGAGCCACGAGCUGCUGGAUCCUGUCAGCCGACUGCAGGACAGGCUCUGCAAGCAGCACAAAGCUCCUCUGGAACUGGUUUGCCAUCUGGACCUGACUUGUGUGUGUGUGUUGUGCGUCAAAUCAACCCACCAAAACCAUCAGUGUGUCCCUCUGAAGAACCGCUUCAGAAAGAAAAAGGCCAAGGUGGACCGAGAACUCUCUGAGCUGGAGCAGGAGAUCAAGGACAGGAAAAAGAUGUUGAGGGCGGUGGAUGAGUCAACGGAGCUCCGUAAGGAGAACGUCAAGACAGACAUUGCAGACAUUCUGAAGAUCUUCGCUCAGUUCAAAGAAAUAGUAAAAACAAGUGAGUCAGGACUUGCGGCAGCCCUCAUGUUGCUACAUAGGAAAGGUGAUAAUCGCAGUGAGGCUCUCAAAGAGAAGCUUCAAGAAGAAAUCUGCGAGCUGGAGGAGAGAAAAGAUGAACUGGAUCAUCUGUCCCACAUAAAAGAUGAACUCCGUCUUCUGCAGAGCCUGCAUUCUCUAAGUGACCCGCCCAGCACUAAGGACUGGUCUGAGAUCAGUGCCUACAAUGAUUCAGCAGUGGGGACUGUGAGAAGUGGAGUCAGUAGACUGGUCCUCGACCUUCACAACAAGGUGCAAGAUGAAAUGAAAAAAAUGGUUACAAAAGAGAUAAAGAGAAUUCAGAAAUAUGCAGUGAAUGUAACUUUGGACUCCGAUACGGCAAAUAAUCUCCUCAUUGUGUCCAAUGAUGGGAAACAAGUGAGAAAUGGAGGCUUGCCUCAGAAACUGCCGGACAACCCAGAGAGGUUUGACACUCUUCUUGGUUUGUUGGGGAAAGAAGGCUAUUCCUCUGGAGCCUUUUACUUUGAGGUGCAAGUGGAAGGUAAGACGGCGUGGGACAUUGGAGUUGCCUUGGAAACAGUCAACAGGAAAGGCCUGGCUGAUGUCUGUCUGAGUAAUGGCUACGCUGUCCUGAUGCUAAGAGAUGGGGACAAUUUGAAAGCCUGCGACCAGCCUCCUGUGCAGAUUAAUGUUCCCCGGACACUCAAGAAGGUCGGGGUGUUUGUAGACCACGAGGAGGGAGAGGUUUGCUUUUAUGACGUCGGGAUGAACGCCCAUAUCUACUCCUUUACUGGCUGCAGGUUCCCCAAGAAGAAGUUGCACCCAUAUUUGAACACUUGCACCCACCAUGAGGGGAAUGACUCUUCAAUGGUAAUCACUCAUAUCAGUUAAAAGGUCCGGAUCAUUUUCUCUCUGAUGAUGGUACACUGUCCAAACCCAGAGGCAACAUAGUGGCACCAAAUCAUGAUAGUCCUUCAUGCACGUUCUCCUUUUUCAUUUCUUUUUUGGUUUUGUCAGGCAGCAGCACAGCAAACUCAAAAUGUUGCGUGACAGCAAUUGAUGCCAUCCUUGUUAACUUUUUUAACUUCAGGGUACACAUAGUUUUUCAAAUCUACACUGUCAGUGUCUCAAUGAUGCAUUCAAUAUGGACAAGAAACACACAUUGAUUUAUAGGUUUAACUUAAACUAGAUCGUAGUUGUUCAUAAAUGAAACUUAGGUGAACAUCUGACUAUAUUUUAGCACAAAUGUGCACAUAUUUGCAGAUAAUUCUGAAUAGCUGACCUACUUUUUCUUAACACUGUAAAACAUUCAGUAAGCCUAGGCUUUGUCAAAUGACACCAGCGUAUAAGGGCAUUAUAUGUUUAAUUUGUUCAUGUAUUUUGUCUAUGCAGAACUCUUGUCUCUUGAAAAUAAUCUGUGUAGGGAAUUUAAGUCAUGCCGGCUUGGCUCCAGGUAUUUAACAAUUGAAUAAAAAUAUUUUUUAAUUAAU